AUGAUGAAGCGCACCCCUUUUUUCAUGGCAAUAUUGUCCUUUCUGCUCGUCUUGUCUCGAACUCAAGCCGACAGAUCUGAUACUACUACUCUUCUUAUCAAGAGCCAGAUUUCGAAGAAUCAGGCUCGACUUCACCCGUUGUCUCGGAUAUCCCACUCAAAGCUUAAGCUGAAAAGAGUUUUUACAAUGCGUUCUGGUGAUGUUGUUGGAGUGCAAGUUCGAGCAGGCCUGACGAGUGACGAAUGCUCUUCGGACCAAGACUGUGUCGGAUCAAGAGAAUGCAUAUAUCUAGAAGAUGACGAAAUUUUUCCAUGUUCAAACAAAAGUGAACAUGGAAAAAAUUCUUCUUCCUGGUGCUUCUGCUUCGGGGAAGAGCAUUUCCAAAUCUGCGAUUACAGUCAUGAGUGUGUAGAAGGGGAACUCUGUGCUUCCAUUGGCGGAGAGAGACCAUUCUGCGUAAGUAAGGACUACGUCGCCGAAAACCCUGGUGUCGUUCAAACCGAUGGACUCACCUGGGAUGAUUGUGAAGCUCCCUCGCAGUGUAUUCCCCCGCACAUAUGCAGGAUUAAGCUGGACGAUGAUGAGUUCAAAGAAUGUAACUAUAAUCCUGACGAGCUUUGUCAUUGCUUUGCGGAGCGCACUGCCGAGUGUGAAACAAACGCCGAUUGUCCGGAUAGGGGAGAAAUAUGUGCAGAAAGAACCGAUAAGGAAUUAGAAUCGUUCUACUGCAUCUCAGAAGAUAGCGUACAAAGGCCGUCAUUUUGGCGACCAGCUCCUACUCCAACCAGUGUGAUCAGUUCACCAUUACCAAUUCUAGACGUCACGUUGCCGCCACCGUCUGAUUGUAUCGAUGUAAGAGCUCUGUCACAUCUCAGUGAAGAAGAUCUCGUCUUCAAAACUCAUUUCGUGGCACCGGUUCUAUGCGAUUCGAACGAUAGUUGCGCGACUCCAGCGCACGUCGUGAUGCAUGACGGAAGGCCGAUGAUGAUGAGGAGCUACUGCGCAACUGUGGGAUGUACAAAGAAAAACAUGUAUGUGAACAGCCCCAAGUAUUAUCGCAGGCUUGUUGUCAAGUCUAAGACGCCGGGGCUACACUUUACUGUUUUUGCGGCAAGGUACGGGACUCGCCUUGAAGAGGUUGUGAUUUCGUCUGUAUUGCGACUUGGCUUCUAG